UCGUAGGACCAAUGAGUGAACAUACACUGGAAUAUUUCCUUAACAAGGGGACGAUACAAAGAACAGAUGCUGCUGAUAUUGAGUGGUAUCAUGCAGCAAACAGUAAAAGCAAACUCACAGAGGCUCUACGAGGUUCUGCACAGAUGAUUGAAGCAGAUGUACUUCUCAGGGGUCAAAAUCCAAAAGAGCCCAUUAUGGCUCACCCACCUGACAAUGACAGUGAUAUAACUCUGCAGGACUGGCUUAAAGAAGUUGUGAAAUCAGACAAAGGAAUAAAAUUUUAUUUCAAAAGUCUUACAGCUGUAUCCCCAUCCAUGAUUCUCCUUGAAGAGGUCCGAGAUCAGCUGCAGGGACCCGUGUGGAUCAAUGCUGAUAUUCUCCCUGGCCCUGGUGGCAAAGCCACCCCUCUGGACCCUCAUGUGGUUCUACAGGAAGUGGCUCAAAGAUCAGAAAAUGAUGUUCUCUCUUUGGGUUGGACCACUGGAUGGGAUGUAGAUGCAGACAAUCCUGGUUAUAGCUGGGAGAUGGUUCAUCAGAUGGAAGAAUUAUGCAGAUCCCUAAAGCAACCAGUCACAUUUCCAGUCCGAGCAGCUCUCAUUCCUGUGUCCUUCCCACAGUUCCAGUGGCUUUUGAAGCAGUCAGACAGGUACAGCCUGACUGUUUGGACAGGCAAACAUGAUGUUCUUAAAGUGGAGGAUCUGUUGCUCUACAGGCAAAACUUCAGCAAAACUAGGAUCUACUAUGAUCUGUUGGAAUCUCAGAUCAAACAGUUUAAAGGACUACCUGGCUACUCCUAA